GUGCUUGAAUUCGCCUUGCAUAAUUCCAAUUGGUGCUGUCAGUAGGUCUGUCAACAUUCUAAGUUAAUAUUCCAGUACAUCGAAUGGUAGCAAUAUGUUCGCGAUGAGGGCUAUUUCAAAAUCUGAUAAAAAUCUUUUCCCGAUUUUAUGUAAAACCACUCGUGGUUUGGCUGCAAAAGCCGCAGGCCAAGUUGCUGCUGGGGCUAAUGGCAAAGUUGUAGCUGUAAUUGGUGCCGUUGUCGAUGUACAGUUCGACGAUGACUUGCCGCCAAUUUUGAACGCUUUGGAAGUGGAAAAUCGUGCUCCGCGCCUUGUGUUGGAAGUCGCUCAACAUUUGGGUGAAAACACAGUGCGUACAAUUGCUAUGGAUGGUACGGAGGGUCUGGUACGUGGACAAAAGGUUCUGGAUACUGGUUACCCAAUUCGUAUCCCAGUUGGUGCUGAAACGUUGGGUCGUAUCAUUAAUGUUAUUGGUGAACCUAUUGAUGAACGUGGUCCGAUUCCGACCAAUAAGUCUGCACCUAUUCACGCUGAAGCGCCAGAAUUCGUUGAGAUGUCUGUCGAACAAGAAAUUCUGGUAACUGGCAUUAAAGUUGUCGAUUUAUUAGCCCCUUAUGCCAAGGGUGGCAAAAUUGGUUUGUUCGGUGGUGCUGGUGUCGGCAAAACUGUAUUGAUUAUGGAGCUGAUUAAUAAUGUAGCUAAGGCUCAUGGUGGUUAUUCUGUAUUCGCCGGUGUAGGCGAACGCACACGCGAAGGCAAUGAUUUGUAUAAUGAAAUGAUUGAGUCUGGUGUCAUUUCAUUGAAGGAUAAGACAUCGAAAGUCGCUUUGGUAUAUGGUCAAAUGAAUGAGCCCCCAGGCGCUCGUGCUCGAGUUGCCUUGACUGGGUUGACUGUUGCUGAAUAUUUCCGUGAUCAGGAGGGACAAGAUGUACUGCUUUUCAUUGACAACAUUUUCCGCUUCACCCAAGCUGGUUCAGAAGUGUCUGCUUUGUUAGGUCGUAUUCCAUCAGCUGUGGGUUACCAGCCAACAUUGGCCACUGAUAUGGGUUCCAUGCAGGAACGUAUUACAACUACAAAGAAGGGUUCCAUUACCUCCGUACAGGCUAUUUACGUGCCGGCUGAUGAUUUGACCGAUCCUGCUCCAGCAACAACAUUUGCUCAUUUGGAUGCUACAACUGUAUUAUCGCGUGCCAUUGCAGAAUUGGGCAUUUAUCCCGCUGUGGAUCCCUUGGAUUCCACAUCUCGUAUUAUGGACCCCAACAUUAUUGGCCAAGAGCAUUACAACGUAGCUCGUGGUGUCCAGAAAAUUUUGCAAGAUUACAAAUCUCUUCAGGAUAUUAUUGCUAUUUUGGGAAUGGAUGAGUUGUCUGAAGAAGACAAACUUACGGUUGCUCGCGCUCGCAAGAUUCAACGUUUUCUGUCUCAACCAUUCCAGGUCGCAGAAGUGUUUACUGGUCAUGCUGGAAAACUAGUCCCAUUGGAAGAAACUAUCAAGGGAUUCACUCAAAUUUUGUCGGGAGAAUACGAUCAUCUGCCUGAAGUCGCCUUCUAUAUGGUUGGACCAAUCGAAGAAGUCGUGCAAAAGGCAGAACGCUUAGCUAAAGAAGCUGCCUAAAUUCGAAAUUUCUAUUAAACUUAAUAAAACAAUAAAUCCGAUAAAGAUUGAUACGAAGUCCA